AUGGGUGAGAAAGUGACAAAGGAUAAGACAAAGGUUGGAACUGCAUCAACUAUGAGAAAUACAUUAGAGAGAUUAGUUCAAGCAGGUGAAGGUCAUGAUGAAAUUGAAAAGGCUGAAAAUACAGUCAUGUUUCAUGUUCAUGAACAAUACUCAAUUCUCGAUUGUGUUAAAAUAUUGAAAAGUGUUAAAGAGGAAGGGUUUUUGGAUGGGCAACAAUUUAGCUAUGCUUUAGAGAUGCUUAAAGAUGAGAAUAACAUAAUUCUAUUAAUGUCCUUAAAAUAUUCUACAAGUGCUUUAGUAGAGUGGAUUAUAUAA